AUGUUAACACUUAAUUUAGGACUUAGACGUGAAUUCCAAUUUCUAUUUAUACUGUCUAAAAUUAAUAAAGGAACUUUAGGAGCUGAUUUCCUUAAUAAAUUUAAAUUAAUAAUUGAUUUACAUGGCAAGAAACUGACUGAUGGAGUAACUCAACUAAAGGUAACUGGUGAAGUUGCUUCCAUCAGUGAAAACAGUGAUAUUGUUACAGUAAACCAUUCAACAAAAUUUAAUACUCUUCUAAAACAAUACCCAGACUUAUGCAAAACAAAUUUGUUCUUAUCAGGUUUAAGACAUAAUGUUGAACAUCAUAUUAUAACACAUGAUGAACCUGUGCACUCUCAAGCAAGGCAGUUGAAUCCCCGAAAGCUUGCAGUAGUUAAGCAAGAGUUCCAAUUCAUGUUGGACAAUAAUAUAAUAAGACCCUCAAAUUCUCAAUGGGCAAGUCCUUUUCAUGUGGUGCUAAAAAAGAUGGUACUCUUCGCCCAUGUGGAGAUUAUAGACAGUUAA